CUUCAGCCAUAAAAGUAGAGCUCAGACGGAAAGGACUCUUUCUUCCCUGCCCUGGCAGCAAUAUGUGGCUCACUGUGCUGCUGCUGGCAGUGCUGCUGCUGGCCUUGAUGAUGCUGGAGGGUCUCCGCAGGAUUUACCUUGGUCUCUUUGGCGGAAACUCCCCGAACCCCUUCUCCGAGGACGUCAAGCGGCCACCUGAACCCCUGGUGACCGACAAGGAGGCCAGGAAGAAGGUUCUCAAACAAGCAUUCUCAGCCAGCCGAGUACCAGAGAAGCUGGAUGCCGUGGUGAUUGGCAGUGGCAUUGGGGGGCUGGCCUCAGCUGCGAUUCUGGCUAAAGCUGGCAAAAGAGUCCUUGUCCUGGAACAGCAUACCAAGGCAGGGGGCUGCUGUCAUACCUUCAGAGAAAAUGGUCUUGAAUUUGACACUGGAAUCCAUUAUGUUGGACGCAUGCGGGAGGGCAACAUUGGCCGUUUUAUCUUGGACCAGAUCACUGAAGGGCAGCUAGACUGGGCUCCCAUGGCCUCUCCUUAUGACCUGAUGAUACUAGAAGGGCCCGGUGGCCGAAAGGAGUUCCCCAUGUACAGUGGGAGGAAACAGUACAUCCAGGGCCUUAAGGAGAAGUUCCCCAAGGAAGAAGCUGUCAUUGACAAGUACAUGGAGCUAGUUAAGGUGGUGGCCCGUGGAGCCCCUCAUGCCAUCCUACUGAAGUUCCUCCCGUUGCCCUUGACUCAGCUCCUCAACAAGUUCGGGCUGCUGACUCGUUUCUCUCCCUUCUGCCGAGCAUCUACCCAGAGCCUGGCCGAGGUCCUGCAGCAGCUUGGGGCUUCCCCUGAGCUCCAGGCCGUUCUCAGCUACAUCUUCCCCACUUACGGCGUAACCCCCAGCCACACCACCUUUUCAAUGCAUGCUCUGCUGGUUGACCACUACAUACAAGGAGCAUAUUACCCCCGAGGAGGAUCCAGUGAGAUUGCCUUCCAUACCAUCCCAUUGAUUCAGCGUGCCGGGGGUGCUGUCCUCACCAAUGCUCCCGUACAGGGUGUGCUGCUGGACUCUGCUGGGAGAGCCUGUGGUGUCAGUGUCAAGAAGGGACAUGAGCUGGUGAACAUCUAUUGCCCCGUCGUCAUCUCCAAUGCAGGAGUGUUCAAUACCUACCAGCACUUAGUGCCAGAGAGUGUCCGCUGUCUGCCAGGUAAAAGAGUCGCAGGAGGAUGUAUGUUGAGAGAGCAGGUGUGUGGUCCCCAGUGGACUUCCAGAAAGGCUUUUUAUACCAAAGCUGUGUCUGUUUCACCCUGUGGGGAGUUUCUGGAAGUGAACCAUCUUCUGGGUGCUGCUGGUGCUUCAGAGGAAAAUGGCCUAGAGAUUGGCAGUCACACCCACCUCAUUUACAGGAUGGAACGCUACAUCUCUAUGCCCAAGGAAAAGGCUCCAGAACACAUUCCCCUUCUUUUCAUUGCUUUCCCAUCAACCAAGGACCCAACCUGGGAGGACCGAUUUCCAGGUCGAUCCACCAUGACUGUGCUGAUACCCACGGCCUUCGAGUGGUUUGAGGAGUGGCAGGAGGAGCCACAGGGCAAGCGGGGUGCUGACUAUGAGACCCUCAAAAACGCCUUUGUGGAAGCUUCUAUGUCCGUGGUCAUGAAACUUUUCCCACAGCUGGAGGGCAAGGUGGACAGUGUGAUUGGGGGAUCCCCACUGACCAACCAGUACUAUCUGGCUGCUCCCCGAGGUGCUCCUUAUGGGGCUCACCAUGACAUGGCUCGACUGCAUCCUUAUACGAUGGCUUCCCUAAGAGCCCAAACCCCCAUCCCCAACCUCUACCUGACAGGUCAAGAUAUCUUCAUGUGUGGUCUAAUAGGAGCCCUACAUGGGGCUUUGCUGUGCAGCAGUGCCAUCCUGAAGAGGAACUUGUACUCAGAUCUGCAGGCUCUUGGCUCAAAAGUCCAGGCACAACAGAAGAAGAAGAUGAAGUAGCCCAUUCAGUGCUAAGCCAGAGAACGGCACCUCCCCAACUUCUUUCUCAUGGUGUCCUUCUGCUGUACUUCCUUGUGCAUAUAUUCAAAAGCGCUUUGUUUCUGA